GAAAGGCGACUGGGGUCCAAUGGACCCCAGGUAUCCCUUUUAGGGUAAAGCAUGUGGCUCUCAUUCUCAUCCUUCGAAAAACAAAGGAUUGAAGCGUUGUUUGUUUUGUUUCAUAUUUUUGUAUUUUUUGUUACAAGUGAGCACCUAUGAAUACAAAAAGAACGGAGUCAGUAGGUGCCGUAAUCGCUUGUUUUCGAAUAGGAUGAAUAUGGGAGCAUGAGAUUACUGACGGCACACAUAUCCUACCUACCUAAUUUAUCUCUCAUAUUUUUUUGUUGACGCACAGUUCCUGCUUAUUGGCCUGUACAUCAAGGAGAAACACGAUUCAGUGAUACUUCUCCUGAAUAUAUUGAAUAUUUGAAUCAGGGAGCUUAUAAUGUCCCAAACACAAUGAAUGGGCCUGUGAUUUCAGUCAGGACAUCCUCAAGCGGCCCACAACACGAACAUAUAAAAUACACGGACGAAAACGGUGGUACUGUUGAAGAAUGGAGAAGUCAUAGUGCACAAACAGAUCCACACACGGGUCAGGUUAUUGGAACAGCAUCGAACUACAAUUAUGAGUAUACGCUUACCCAAGUAGGUUAUGGAAAUGGACCCCGCAGUGCAACAUUCGUUACGAGAAGUUCACCACACUUUGGUGGUAUAGAUUUGUCAAAUACCCAGUCUAGCAAUAAUGGCUACAAUUACAGAACAGUCUAUAGCUAUCAAUCACAACCGCAGGUAUCGAGAUCUUCGUGGAGUAUGUGCACCCGGUGUUGAAAAUGAUGGUCGAUUAAAUGAUUCCGGUGCAUUCACAGCAGUUUAAUUUGCUUUAUUUUAUCGUAAUUUCGAUAGGUAAGAAUGUCAACUUAUGGAACUGAUCUAUAAAUAGCAGCGUUUUAGAGUAUAUAUAUAGAAGUUAAAGCGUUUAGAUAACAAAUUAGGUUUAUAAACAAGUGAUCAGCAAAUAAUACACCAAAGUAUGUGCAAUUAUAUUAUUGGUUUUAAAUUCAAAGACACAUAGUUUAGUUACUCAUAUUUUGAAAUCAUACUAAAAUUAUAUGGGAUGAUUAAUUGUAAUGAUGUGAAUUUCUUUCCUGGAGAAUGUCCCAUUUCUCCAGACUGCCAAACAUAAGUAGGGGCGGUGUUGGUUUCUUCGCGACGGUUUUCAGAUUAGAGUUUUGUGCGCGGAAUUUGUUGUGAAAUGAACAUACAAUAAG